CUUACAAAACGCGAAACGUAUUUACAGUUCUAUUUUUGUUUUCUAUUUACGUCUGAAAUUGCGUUGUUGCGUAUUAUAAAGAGAGAAUUAAAAAAUUGCGAAAAUGGAUUUCGGUUGAUUAGAAGAUGGGGUUGACGAACCAAUUUGUCAAAUCGUUCUAUUCCGUUAGGUCACAUUUAGUGCCUGAUUCGGCAAAACAAUCUUCUUUGCACUCAUUGCUUGAGAAUGUAAUUUUAAAAACCCGUGAAUUUUUUGGUGUUGCGAACAAAAAGUGUAAUUUGCCAUCUGGUUUUUGUAGAUAUCAGUACAGAUUACCCGUAGAAUAUUUUCCUAAUGUCUCAACUAAUUCCGCAAUACGAAAGUCAAAAUUUAUUUCUUAUCGUCCAGGGUUUAUUCAAAAGGUUACUUCAAAAUGGGUUGUAAAUUCUUUAGCCAAAAAUGCUAGUAAAAAUAUAUUGCAUAGGAAAGGGCCAUUUUUAUGUUUUGUUGGAUUUGCUCUCGCAAAGAAACCCUCCUUACUUACUGCUGAUGAAGAAAUUGAAGGAAUAUCCUUUAAAAUUAGAGAUGCUUUUUCAACUUUGCCAUGGCAGAUUGACACACCAAGUGUUCUUAAAACUGUUUUAAAUGGAAAAGAUUUUACUUUUGAAGAUUUAAAAAUUGGAAAAUUAUUAGCAAAAGGAAGUAAUGCUGCUGUUUACAGUGCUUGUCUUGAGCCAAAAGAAACAAAAUCUGAAUCAGAAAAUAAGGAACAAAAGUUGGAAAAGAGUUUUUCAGAACUUUUCAAGGAUAAUUUAAUGGUUAAUUCAAGAGUCAUUAUUUCUCAUUCAGAAGAUAUUGCUAAAACGGUGAUGAAGAAAGAAAAUUUAAGUCAUCUACAGAAUUAUGAUUCAAAUGACCUUGCUGUCAAAGUUAUGUUUAACUACAGUGCAGAAUCGAAUGCUUUUGCCAUAUGGCGGGCUAUGUACAAAGAAAGUUUACCAUCAAUUUCUGAACUUUCUUUGGGAGACUUUGCAAGGAACAAAAUUAGAAAAAAACAUUUGAAACCUCAUCCUAAUAUUGUGGAAAUGUACUUUGCCUUUGCUAAUCAAUUACCUUUGCUUCCUGGUGCUUUUGAAAAUUAUCCUCAAGCUCUUCCUCAAAGACUCUUGGAUGAUGGAUGUGGAAGAAAUAUGACUCUCUUUCUUGUGAUGAAAAGGUAUAAAUUUUCUACAGCCUAA